AUCUGACCUGGGGCACCUGCCUCACCCAUAGGAAGGACCCAGUAGCUGUACUACCUGAGGAAACUGAGUAGAGCUAAUCUUCCUCAGAAGAUCAUAGUGAACUUCUGCUACUGUGUAAUAGGAUGUGUGCUGACCUAUGGACUUUUAGUGUGGCUCUCUAGCUGCACUAAAGCUGAACAACAUGUGCUCCAGAGAGGGGUGAAAACGGUGGGGAGUAUCAUUGGGACCAGCCUCCCGGAGAUCAUCUCUGUCUACAUCAACUUCUGUCUGAGGAGAGCGCACAAUAUCCUGUAGGACUCAGGAGAGGAUACAGGUCCAUACGGGCAUCCAGCAGACUGAGCCACAGCUUAUACUUCACUGUUUUUCGUGAGGAAUGUUGGAGGAUUGCCGACAGAUGGGGACUAUUCGCUUGGUGAUUCUGGUCAUUUUAACCAUCGUUUUUCAGGCCUCAGUUUUUGUGACUGCUGAGAAGCCAGCUUGUGUACCUGGGUUCACAUCAGAUAGGUUGAUUUUCAAAAUGGCCACAAAGAUCCUGAAGCAGCACACUAGGUUGGGCAAAGGUCACUCCCACAGACACUGACUGAAGCAUCAAUUACCCUCCUGUUGAAGCCAGUAGGCUUUACUGACUGCACAGACCGCACGAGAUUUCCGUUCAUCAGUAACGACCGACGUGUCAUGAUAAAGACAGGCGGCACAUUGAUGGUAAGGAGACCAGUUUUUAUUAAUGAAGGACACUGGGACUUCCUUAUCCACUCCUGGGAUUCACAAGGUCGCAAAAUGACCCUUCCUGUCAGGGUACUACACAAAGAGAAGCAGCAAGAGCACCACUAUCUGACUGAAGUGGACUCUGCUACGAACACUGAGGUGCCUGUUCUGCAUUUCCCGAAGUCUGGGGAAGGGCUAAGGAGGAGGAAGAGAGACUGGGUGAUUCCCGCCAUCAAUGUUGCGGAGAAUGACAGAGGACCCUAUCCCCUCAAAAUAUCUCAAGUCCGUUCCAGUGAAGAUAAAGUAAAGAAGAUCUAUUACGGCAUCACUGGUCCGGGAGCUGAUCAGCCCCCUGUUAAUCUGUUCAUCAUGGACAGAGACACUGGUAAUCUGUAUCUCACACAACCACUAGACAGAGAAGCACAAGCCAAAUACACGUUUCAAGCGCAUGCUGUGGCAGAUGGCUCAGGAAAUGCAGAGGAUCCUAUGGAUAUUAUAGUGAAUGUAAUUGACCAGAAUGACAACAAACCUACUUUCACUCAAAACACCUACCUGGGAGAAGUUGCUGAGGCCUCACCAAAAAAUUUUGAGGUGAUUACGGUUGUGGCCACAGAUCCAGACCAGCCAAAUACUGACAACUCAGAUAUCCGGUACCGCAUUGUAAGCCAGGACCCAGAGUUGCCCAGUGACUUGUUUGUCAUCAAUUCUGUCAGUGGAGCCAUCAGAGUCAAUGCUGAUGGGCUAGACAGAGAGAAAUACCCAAAUUACACUCUGGUGGUAGAAGCAGCAGACAUGAUCGGAGAAGGCUUGACUGGGCAAGCAAAAGUAAUCCUAACUGUCACAGAUAGUAGUGACAAUGCUCCAGUCUUCACUCAGCCUUCUGUGCCUGUUCUGCAUUUCCCUAAGUCUGGGGAAGGGCUAAGAAGGAGGAAGAGAGACUGGGUGAUUCCCGACAUCAAUGUUGCUGAGAAUGACAGAGGACCCUAUCCCCUCAAAAUAUCUCAAAUCCGUUCCAGUGAAGAUAAAGUAAAGAAGAUCUAUUACAGCAUUACUGGUCCAGGAGCUGAUCAGCCCCCUGUUAGACUGUUCACCAUGGACAGAGACACUGGUAAUCUGUAUCUCACACAACCACUAGACAGAGAAGCACAAGCCAAGUACACGUUUCAAGCGCAUGCUGUGGCAGAUGGCUCAGGAAAUGCAGAGGAUCCUAUGGAUAUUAUAGUCAAUGUAAUUGACCAGAACGACAACAAACCUAUUUUCACUCAAAACACCUACCUGGGAGAAGUUGCUGAGGCCUCACCAAAAAAUUUUGAGGUGAUUACGGUUGUGGCCACAGAUCUAGACCAGCCAAAUACUGACAACUCAGAUAUCCGGUACCGCAUUAUAAGCCAGGACCCAGAGUUGCCCAGUGACUUGUUUGUCAUCAAUUCUGUCAGUGGAGCCAUCAGAGUCAAUGCUGUUGGGCUAGACAGAGAGAAAUACCCAAAGUACACUCUGGUGGUAGAAGCAGCAGACAUGGUCGGAGAAGGCUUGUCUGGGCAAGCGAAAGUAAUCCUAACUGUCACAGAUAGUAACGACAAUGCUCCAGCCUUCACUCAGAAUUCUUAUGAGGCAACAGUUGCAGAAAAUAAAGUGGACGCUCAGGUCGUUACGAUAUCGGUGACAGAUGGUGAUGAUGAACAUUCUCCGGCCUGGAAUGCCAAGUUCAAGAUUGUUGAUGGUGAUCCUGGAGGAUUUUUCACUGUGAAAACAGCAACUAACAAACAACAAGGAAUCAUUUCUACUGCCAAGGGUCUUGACUUUGAGAAGAGCAGCAAGCACACUCUGUUGGUUACAGUGGAGAAUGAGAUUCCUUUUGCUACUCCACUGCCCACUGCCACCGCAACAGUGAUGGUGAAAGUGCAAGAUGUCAAUGAAGCUCCAGUCUUCGAUCCAGUAGAGAAGCUUGUGUCAAAAGCGGAAAACCUUCCUGUCGACAGUGAUGUGGUGCUGUACACUGCUUCUGAUCCAGACACUGCACGCAAACAGAACAUCACGUAUAGAAUUAUUAGAGACCCUGCAGGCUGGCUGAAUGUGGAGAAAGAGACGGGUCUGAUUAAGGUCAAAAGCAUCAUGGACCGAGAGUCCUCCUUUGUCAAGGACAACAAGUACAUAGCACUCAUUGGUGCAUAUGAUGACGAUGACGUCCCAGCCACAGGAACUGGUACUCUAAUGAUCCAGCUCGAGGAUGUCAAUGACAACGCACCCACCAUUGAGGAACGAACAAUUCGGGUGUGUAACAAGGAAUCAGCUCCUCAGUUGCUGUCAGUAACAGAUAAAGAUGGACCAGGCUUUGCUGCUCCAUAUAGCGUCUCCUUACAGGGCAUGUCAAAGAACAACUGGACCGUUAGAAUGAACAACUCCAAAACAGGCAUCAUUCUGAAUUUAGCCACUGAACUGGCCAGUGGAGAUUACACUGUGGUCCUAAGGGUUUCAGAUAACCUAGAUUUACACCAGAACAGCACUGUCCAGGCCACAGUGUGUGACUGCAGUGGGGAAGAAGUGCGAUGCCAAGGGCGUAUUGCAGGAGGUACCGAACUUCCCAUAAUCCUGGGAAUACUGGGAGGCAUCCUGUUGCUGCUCAUGCUAGUGUUGCUUCUUCUGCUGUUUGCAAGACGGAGAAGAGGGGAGAAGAAGGAACCUCUUCUGCAGGACAACGAUAUCAGAGACAACAUCUAUUACUAUGAUGAAGAGGGAGGCGGCGAGGAUGAUCAGGACUACGACCUGAGUGUUCUACACCGUGGUCUGGACAACCGACCUGAGGUCUUUAGGAACGACGUGGUGCCAAGCUUCAUGCCAGCUCCUCAGUAUCGGCCACGCCCUGCCAACCCAGAGGAAAUCGGCAACUUCAUUGAUCAUAACUUAAAGGCAGCUGACAAUGACCCGACAGCACCCCCCUAUGACUCACUGUUGGUGUUUGACUAUGAAGGAGGUGGCUCUGAUGCAGGAAGCCUCUCUUCUUUGAACUCGUCAAGCAGCGGAGACCAGGACUAUGAUUGCCUGAAUGAAUGGGGACCUCGUUUUAAGAAACUGGCCGACAUGUUCGGAGGAGGAGAUGACAUGCUGUAAAUGUACCAGAGAGUAAACCGUUUUGAUAGGUGGAUGAUUGUAUGGCUGACUGAAUACUGGACUGAUGUAAAGCAUGAAUUAACAAUAAUGAAUGCAUCCCAAAGAAACCACUCUCAUUUAGACAUCAGUAAGCCUACAUGUUUCAUUCUAUUUGUGGGGAUGUUGGUUUGCCUUUCAGUUCAGUCCUAAUAACAGUUAACAGCUACUACUCAUAAUACAAAGGAUGAGUUUUGUUUUUUAUACAUUAGUUCCCCAUUUUGAAUGCUUAGAGUCCGUCUGCCUUGACUUGAUGCUUUUUAUUAUACUGAUUUAUGGAUUUUGUGCAGUUAUGACGGAUUAUGCCGGAUAUGGGCAGAUAUGCCUGUGUUGCAGUUGCACUGGUAACAUAUCAUUUGUGCUUUUGUCUUUUUUAUUUUAUUUCUAUUUUUUAAUUUUUAUUUUUAUGUUUUUUGCUGAGGUUGUACUACUGCUUCAGUGCUAUAUCUUUGUAUUUCUGUUUGAGGAAUGACAAAUGGUGAAAAAGUGAAAUACAGGCAGUCAGUCAACGUUGCACACUGUCGAUGUGUGAUCAGGGCUUUUUAAAAGCUUUAUUAAGUGUUAAGUUGACAUCUUUAUCACGUUGUAAUGUCAAAAUCCUUUUUUUAACCCCCCCCCCCAAAUGUGCUAUAAAAAUGAUUAAUUUGAUUUUUUUUUAAAUAAAAUUCUUUAUAGGGUA